CCCUGCCUGUCAUUUUUGUUGCAUCGAAAAAGAAACCGACAAUCUCUCUCUCUCUCUCUCUCUCUCUCUCUUUAAAUUUGGGUUUAAGACUUUAAGCUGCGGCAAAUGGGUCACAACUCAUAAGUCAAAUCGGGUUUUUGAUUGAGAAAGCUUGUGUCUUUGGGCACAACUCAUAUCGUAUUACCUAUGCUUCGUUUGAAAGUUGAGUUCUUUGGAGUCUCUGAGCAAAUCUAAGCCUACCCAUUUGGCCACAGAGGUUUUUUCUGUUUAUGCCUCUUGAUCAUGGCGGAAGAAACAUCAUGGUUCAGCCAUUACCUCGAUGACAGGCCAAGAGAGAUUGGGGAGUACGAAUCAUAUGCAGAGAUGAGUGACGAAGGGAAUGAAGAAGUUAAUUUAGUGUCAGUUGAAUCUUUCCUUCCUGAUGAACUGUUGGAACGGAUAAUAGCAUAUUUACCAAUUGCUAGCAUUUUCAGAGCGCAGUCAGUGUGCAAAAGAUGGAAUGGCAUUGUUUGUUCAAAAAAAUAUAUAUCCACCAAUUCACCCUUGCCACGGCAAAAACCUUGGUACUUUAUGUUUACAAGCUGCAAUGAACCAGUAGGUUAUGCAUAUGAUCCUGUACUUAGAAAGUGGUAUGGCAUUGAGCUGCCGUGCAUUCAGACAUCAAAUUGGUGCAUUGCUUCCUCAUGUGGUUUGGUUUGCUUUAUGGACAAUGAUAGUAGAAGUGAGUUAUACGUCUGCAACCCUAUUACCAAUAUAUACAAGAAGCUUGAGGAGCCUCCUGGCUUGAGAUACUCUGAUUGUUAUAGUGCACUUGCAAUUUCGGCUAACAGGAUGUCAAGAAGUUAUACCAUCACAGUGGUGAAAUCUAAGCAAGUUCCUGGAAAUUUUGUCCAAUGGGAUGUUUCUGUUCAUAUAUAUGAUUCUCAGACAACAAUGUGGCUGACCCCUGUGAGAGAAGUUUUGACAGGAUGGAGAGGUGGGAACGAGGGUGUGGUGUGUGAUGGGGUAUUGUACUUCUUGAUUUACUCAACUGGGGGUGGGGCACCAGAGAAUCGUCAUGGCCUACUAACCUACAAUCUCUCCGCUUGCUCUUCCCACGGGCAGUUGAUCCGCAGUUUCAUUCCAGUACCUUGUGCUCUCACAUGUGGUCGUCUAAUGAACUUGAGGGAGAAGCUGGUGAUGGUUGGAGGAAUUGGGAAACUAGAUCGUCCUGACAUAAUUAAGGGGAUUGGUAUCUGGGUUCUAAAGGGAAGGGUGUGGCAAGAGAUUGCCCGUAUGCCUCACAAGUAUUUCCAGGGAUUUGGAGAAUUUGAUGAAGUUUUUGCCAGCAGUGGUAUAGAUGAUCUCAUAUACAUCCAAAGCUAUGGAGCUCCAGCUCUUCUUCUGUUUGAUAUGCACUCGAAACAUUGGAGAUGGUCACAAAAAUGUCCCGUAACCAAGAGGUUCCCUCUCCAGCUCUUUACUGGUUUUUCUUUUGAACCUCGGCUUGAAGUAAAUCCUUGAUAUAUGUCCCUGUGGAUUGAUCAUUGAUCUUGUGGUGGUAUAGACCAUUCUUUUUCCUGAGA